UGGUUUUUGUAAACCAGGCAUUAUGUGAUAUUACUGAGGGGCAUUGGGGGGGGGCGUGUCCCCCUCCUCAAAACUACGUCUAUGCAGCUAGACUUUAAAACAAUACAUAAUAAAACAUAAUGGCGAUUUAUUUAAAUACAGAAACCACCUUUUUCCAUUUUAUUGUACAAAUGAGUGAAAAGAGUUAUCUUAAAAUAAAACAUCGACUGAGACAGAAGCACGUUUAAUAUAGUUUGCCUUUUGCAAUUAAGAUUAUCUUUUUAUGUACCAAUAUAAUGUGUAAUACGGUGUUUGUGCACAUUGUUUCUAGACUACUAUAUAAAUGAUAAAGAUAAUCCGCUUUUUUCGACGGAUCAGUUUAUUGGACAGCUACUCUUAGGCGGAAUUAAGUCUGCUGCAGUUAGGGUUGUAACAGAUUAGUUUAAAAUGAAUGGUAUCAACUGACAAAAGCGAACUAUUAGAGAAUAAAGUACUAUUCUAAUUAAUAACGGAAAACUAUUUGGGUACCAGAUAUUUAUUUUCAAGAUGACUUGAAUAUUAUAGACUACAAUUUCUAUUAAAUAGACAUUGUUUGUGAUGGCCAGAAUUAACCUUAUAUAUGCCUAACAUUUAAUUGACUGUCUCAAAUGUACGUAACUUAAGUCACAAACGAUCAGUUAUUUAACGUUAACUUUAAUUUACAGAACUUAAACCGCCCAUGCACGAUUGUAACCACGUGAACGACUGUUGUAAAACUCGUAAUUGUAAUAAGAUUGCAAAUUAUAAAAUUAAAUAGGUCGGUUUAAACUUAAAUACGUUUGAUAUUUUUUCGCGUAUUUAGCCACUUGUCAGAGGUAAACUGCGAGGUUAUUUGAUCUGUUUUCUGCCCGCUAGGACAAAAGCCGUUGUUAGGAACUAUGCAGCGCUUUCCGUUUUCACGUCGGAAGUGUUUUUUGGGGCAAACUUCCGGGUAAAAUCUGGUGGUUUAUUUACUGAAUAAAGAUGCUUUCUUAAUUUAAUGGCAGCCGUUUUUCAUAUUUUCGAACGCAGUGGUAUUGAGGUCUGCGUGUAAGCAGACGAAAUACGUCUGAUUAUAAGAUUUCUUUACUAUACUAUGUUUAAGAGAAUGGCUGAAUUUGGUCCAGAUUCCGGGGGGAGAGUGAAGGGAGUAACAAUUGUGAAGCCGAUAGUGUUUGGUAAUGUCGCGCGAUAUUUUGGGAAGAAAAGAGAGGAGGACGGGCACACUCACCAGUGGACAGUCUACGUGAAACCCUACAGAAAUGAGGACAUGUCUGCUUAUGUAAAGAAGAUCCAAUUCAAACUUCAUGAAAGUUACGGUAACCCCUUAAGAGUUGUCACAAAACCACCGUACGAGAUCACAGAAACUGGCUGGGGAGAGUUUGAGAUUAUUAUCAAGAUAUUCUUCAUUGAUCCUAAUGAAAGACCGGUCACCCUGUACCACCUCUUGAAGCUUUUCCAGUCUGACUCCAGUGCCAUGCCAAAGAAGACAGUGGUGUCUGAGUUCUACGAUGAGAUGAUUUUCCAGGAUCCCACUGCUAUGAUGCAACAGCUGCUGACCACAUCCAGACAGCUGACAUUAGGUGCCUACAAGCAUGAGACAGAGUUUGCUGAGCUGGAGUUGAGGACGCGUGAGAAGCUGGAAUCUGCAAAGAAGAAGACAAGCCAGGAGAUAACGGAGCUGAAGGAGAAGCUGAAGGCGAGCCGAGAGACCAUCAACUUCCUGAAGAGUGAAAUUCGCAAGCUGGAGGAGGAGGAUCAGAUCAAAGACCACUGAAGUGACGGGAUCAGUCCCCAUCCUGCGCUUGACAGUCUGUCCUGCACACUGUCCGAUAAUGUUCUCUGGAAGAUUAACACCCAGAUUCUCAGCAUAAGCCUGUCUGCCGUUUCUUCCUUCCUCCUGCCCUGGAUCAUGAUCUUUACAAAGGUUCACACUUGUAUUGUCACCAUGUCUUAGUUGCAUUUUCCAAGUGUAAAGCUGAUUAGGUUUUUUUUUCAUGCUGUUAAUUGAAAUGACCUCCAGGUCUUAUGCAAAAGCUUGCUGUACCAUUAUGUGGUCUGCAGAAGUACUUCGAUUUAGAUCGUUAUUUUAAUAACAAAUAUCUUAAUGCAGCUUUUAUGGUAAAUGUCCAGUUUAUGUUACUGUUGUUUCAACCACUAGUAAGGCAGCUACACCUUGAUUAAUAAAAUUGGAAAAUGUUGUUAA